AUGGUUGGAACCUCUAACAACUCCAUCAAACAUUAUGUCCGCUCCACCUAUGCGCACCAGGUCUUCAACACUAAGCAGGGACGCUUGCUGAAGACACAAAAAACAGGCUGGGCCCUCAUUACCUUCUGCGAGGAGGAGGAGCGUGGCGUUAUCCUCCCUCAUGAUGACCCAAUCAUUAUCCGCGUCGACAUCUCUAAUUUUGAUGUUGGGCGCAUCUUGUUAGACACUGGCAGCUCGGUCAGUGUGAUGUUUGCUGAUGCUUUCAACGAGCUCCAGGUCCCGUCUCAUUUGCUCGAUCGAAGCGUCACACCCCUAGUGAGCUUUUCAGGCGAUGUGGUCCAGCCUAUUGGGAGCAUUCAUCUCCCUAUCUCUAUCGAAGCAGCACCCCAGCGGACGACGGUCACCACUCCUUUCCUCAUUAUUGAUUGCUCCAUAGCCUACAACAUCAUCCUUGGGCGCUCAGCCAUGGCCCAGAUGAAGGUUUUCAUUUCGACACAUAUCGGUAACCCGGCCCCAGCCCCACCUCGAGCUGGCACUGAGCGCCCAGAAGAUCCUAGGGAGGAAUCUGCCACCCAACAGGCCGAACCUGUGGAGGACCUCGAACUGGUCACUCUCCAUGAGGACAUCCUGGAUCGACAGGUCAGGAUCGUCACUUCCCUCUCACAAGAGCUUCGCUCUGAUCUUGUUGCCUUCCUCCGCCUCAACUCCGAGGUCUUUGCUUGGUCUUACAACGAUAUGCCAGACAUAUCACCUGACGUCAUCUCCCAUAGGCUCAGCAUUAAUCCUGCCGUCCGACCCGUUCGGCAGAAGCGUCGUGCUUAUGACCUGGAACAGUAUGAGGCCAUAAAGGCGGAGAUGGAUAAGUUGAGCACCAUUGGAUUCAUCAAGAAGGUGGACUAUCCCACCUGGCUAGCCAAUGUGGUAAUGCUAGUUGACGCCACAGCUAGCCACGCCCUCCUCAGCUUCAUGGAUGCUUACUCAGGGUACAACCAGAUCGUCAUGCACCAUGAGGACUAA